AUGAACGUUCCGGAAAACACCUCCUCUAUUGUUCCUGUUAAGCUCCUAAAGCAGGAGUUACUUAAUGAAAUGGCAAAUAAUUCAAACACUUCUUUAGAAAUUUUUAAAAUGUUCAAUAGUAACAACAACCUCCUACCUAGAAAUGAGAGAAUUUUAAAUUUGUCCUGGAGGAUGAACAGUAUCAAUAGGAUUUCGAAACCUAGAAGGAGGUCUACCGGUCAGCAUUCACGUACUAUAUCAAAUUCAAGUUCUAAUUAUAAGAACAUCACGCUACUCAACAGUUUCAACAACAAUGAUCAUCUUUUGGAAGUCUCCAAACCAAUGGAUUCUCAUUCUGAGAAGAGUGACCAUGUGGAAUUUGAUUAUAUCGAACAUAUACGCAGAAUAUCAAAGGAAGAGUAUGGCAUUGACGUUGAUCAGGGCAAAGAUGAAGAUUAUGAAAUGAACUUCCUGAAAGAAGUGCAUUCUCCUGUUACAGCCCAUUCGUUGUCUGUUUCAUCUACAACAAAUUCAGUUUUCUCCUAUAAUAACCAACAACAAUUUCCAACUUCUUCAAACUCGACCCAAAAGCAAAACUCCUCCAUGAAAAAAUUAUCAACUACAUCAACACCCGCAACAUCAACAGAGAGUAGAAAUAAUCAUACAACGAGUGUAUUAAAAGAAGAUUUCAGUAUAGAUAACUAUUUGAACUUGGAAGAAAAUUUUACCGAGUUGAUUAGUGGAACAAAGCAGGAAGACAAUUUAAAUAGUUACCUGGAUUCCGAUUUGUCAAAUUAUAUUAAUAAUCUAGAAUUCUCAAUAAAUGGCUCAAAUGGUGAAACUGAUACCAUUAAAAAGGGAUCAGUAUCAUCAAUAAACACUUUCAGUUUGAGCAGCAAUGCAACGCCAAUGACAAUUUCAACGUCGCCUGAUUUCAUGCAGUUGCAACAUUUGACGUCAAAGGCGCCGCCUGUUGCACCGCAAGUAACAAAAAUAGAUUCAAUGUCGACCCUUAACUCAUCGCAACCCAUUUGCGAAAACUGUUUCACAACAACAACUCCAUUGUGGCGGAAAACCAGUGAUAACAGACUGUUGUGUAAUGCAUGUGGUUUAUUCUUUAAACUACAUGGCGUCAUUAGGCCUCCCACAAACAAUCCACAUUAUCAUCAAAGAAAUCUACAAGCAUCGCCUUCCAAGAAUUGCGACAAUAAUUUAAAGCCAUUCCCCCUAUCCAAUGAGGUGAGUCCUUUUACAAACCCAUUAUUAUCAACUAAAAGGAGAAGUUCAAACAACUCCCUUAAUAAUCACAGGGUGCCUGCUAAAACUGAAGCGCUAUCUGCUGACCUCGAUUGGCUGAAGUUUGAACUUUAA